AUGGGAAGGCGCCUGGCUACCCCGCCUGACAUGAUCCGGACGAAGCUCUGCGCCCUGCGAGAGUUCCCGUUCUGUGCCACGGACUCGCCGCCUCAAGAGAACGCCCCCCUUCUAAGUACCGUGACCGCCUUCCCGAAUGAGAACACCGGCUCACCGCCUGCCUCAAAAGAGAAUGCGCAGGUACCGCCUUCCCAAAUGAAACACCUGACAGGCAUAGGUUAA